CAAAACACCCACGCAGAUUAUCAAGCUACUUUAGCUCGUUCUUUUCUGAGAGCAUUGGAUUUAGCAUGUUUUACCAAAACCUCAGUCCAGAGGUUGUAAGAAGAGGGAAUGGGAUGGAGUAUUAUAGUAAUGGAUUUUGCGGAGGGAUCAAUGAAGAGAAGACGCUCAAGGUCACCCUGCUUGGCUAUAAGGUUAUGGAGGAAAAGACAAAGUUCACAGUCUACAAGAUCUUAGUGAGGCGAGCGCCUGACGAGAGCUGGCACAUUUUUAGACGAUACACAGACUUCUCUCGACUACAUGACAAGCUGAAGGAGAUGUUUCCUGUGUUUGACUUUGUCCUACCACCCAAGCGUUGGUUUAAUAACUUCAGUGCUGAAUUUCUGGAAGAGAGACAACUGGGCCUACAAGACUUUCUACAGCACCUAGUUGCUCGAAAAGACCUGAGAAAUAGUGAAGCAGUCAGACAAUUCUUAUGUCUGGAUGACCCACCUGCUGCUUUUGGUGAUAUUAGAGAGAGAUGGGCCUUCUGUGAGACGCUGGAAGGGACCACCAGCUGUUGCCUUCAGAGAGAUUUAAUGGACGACAGGAGAGAGACUGAGUCCCUGAGAAAUGUUCUGCUGCACAAAGAGCUCCAAAUUAGCCUGCCUGAAAGAACAAAAAAUGGCAUGUAUAGAAUCCAAGAUGAGUUGAACAAAGAGCCGGGAGACUUUUUAACAGAGCAGGAAUAUAAAGAAGUGGAGAGAGACAAACUCAGGAAACCAAGUUCUGAAUUGCGGUUCAUAAGGAGCCAUGGAGCGUGCUGGUAUGGAUCAGCAACUGACAGUCCCGAAAAGUACAGUUCUGGAGGACCAUUCCAAGAACUCCAUUAAAUAAAUCAAAAUAAAGGAAAACAACAUCACAUACGAAGCACUUUCUUCAAAAAGUCAGUUUGUUCUGAGUCCAUGAUACGAACAGAGUACCUGGAUUUUGGAUGAAUCAAAACAGCUUGGCUAAACUGAAAGAUGAAGUUAAAAUAAGGUUUAAUGAUGUGUGAGAGUCCAUGUGUGAUUCAGUUUGUUUAAUGGAGAUUUUAUAGUACAUCAGUGUCAAACUCACACUAGACUAGCAGCCAAUAACGCAAACUUCACCAUAUUGUGUACAUUGUUCUAGAAAUGUUACCCAGAUUUUUUACUUCUGUUUUGGAUUACUCUCAUAUACUGAAUUUGGAUAGUGUCUUUGUGAUUUGGAUUGCGGAGUAAAUUGAUACACCCAGAUCCCUCUGAAUUAUCCAAGAGACAUGAUCGCUGAUGGGUUUUUAUUUCGCAGAUGUUUUAUUCAUAAUAUCGUUUGUGGAUUGUUUUUUUCUCUUAAACACAUAUUUAAUAAUUGAAUCACCUGUUCUUGUACAACUGUUUCCUCACAGCUCUUAGCAGCUGGCCUCUGUUAUAUACAACAUGUAUAGAAAAGGCAGGUUGACAAGCAUGAUCUUUAGCUGGUUUAGCUAAGAAACCUGUUUUGAACACCAUGUCGCAUCCAAACCUCAACAUCAAAUUACCAACAAUAAUAUAUUUGAUUUAUUGUGAUUUACUGUUUUGUGCAAAUUAGGUAGUGCCAAUGUGAACAAUAAAAUUAGUUGUAGUUGCCCACUUGGUGGAGUUGUAAACUUAU